ACAGUACCCCUAGUAACUUUGUGAUAUGUGAAAGUCGGAUAGAGUGCGUUUUCCGGUACAAUCUGUGCCAGCAGAGGCCGAAUUGAUGCGAGUUGCGCAUGCGUUCCAGUGGCUGGUUUCUUCUGUUUACAGCAGCGGGUCUACGCUGUGUGAGUUUGUGAAUGUAAUCAACAAAACAGUUUCUGGAAUAAAAAGAUUAAUAAAAAAACUGGAAACAGGUGCUUUUAAUAACUAAACCUCAUUCAUGAGCUGCGAUUGGUUUAGCAGCCAUGGAUGACAAGGCCUCAGUUGGGAAAAUUAGCAUUUCUUCAGACUCGGUUUCCACACUAAACAGUGAGGAUUUUGUCUUGGUUUGCCACCAAGAGGACGAAACACCGUCUUCAAAUAAUGGUAGUGAUGAUGAAAAAACAGGACUGAAGGUUUUUGCUGAAGAAGGUGUCAGCUUUAAGAUCGUGGGGAACGGGAGUGAGCAGGAGCUGCAGAAGGAGCUGGAAGAUGUGCUGAUGGAUCCCUCGGUGGCAGACCAGGCAGGCAGCGGGGAUCAUGGGGAGAAAGGGCUGGCAGCAGUGGAGAGGGAGGUGGCUCCCACUCAUAAGGUGCCCAUCUCCGUUGCCCCGACACAAGCCGGUCCCGGGCCGAUGGCCGCCCUACCGAAACUCGACAUGGUCCUACCUGUCAAACCUGCACAGGACGAUGAUUCUUCAGAAUCGAAUCCCACAACCCCAGUUCCAGAUGAGGACAGUGUUGUGUUCAGCAAGCUGACGUACCUGGGCUGUGCUUCAGUUAACGCACCUCGCAGCGAAGUGGAGGCCCUGCGGAUGAUCUCCAUUUUGCGAAGCCAGUGUCAGGGGCCUUUAGACGUGACUCUGUCAGUGCCUAACGUCUCGGAAGGAACUGUAAGGUUAUUAGAUCCCCAAACAAAUACAGAAAUAGCAAACUAUCCCAUAUACAAGAUUCUUUUCUGUGUGAGAGGACACGAUGGGACCCUAGAAUGGGACUGCUUUGCAUUUACUGAAAGCCACUACAAUGCAGACAUCUUCCGAAUUCACGUCUUCCGAUGUGAAAUCCAUGAAGCGGUUAGCCGGAUCUUGUACAGUUUUGCCACAGCCUUUCGUCGUUCUGCAAACAAAACUGUGCUUUCAGCAAUUCCACCCCCACUGACUCCAGACAGCGACGUUUUCACCUUCACUGUGUCUUUAGAAAUCAAGGAGGAUGAUGGGAAAGGUUCUUUCAGCGCAGUCUUAAAAGACAAAGAUAAACAGAGCUUCAAGCUCCGUCCAGGAAUAGACAAGAAAAUUGUCAUUUAUGUUCAGCAAACAUCAAAUAAGGAGCUUGCAAUAGAAAGGUGCUUUGGACUUCUCCUCAGUCCUGGCAAAGAUGUACGCAACAGUGACAUGCAUUUGCUGGAUCUGGAAUCAAUGGGUAAAAGCUCAGAUGGGAAGUCUUAUGUCAUCACAGGGAGGUGGAAUCCUAACACACCACAGUUCCAAGCAGUUAAUGAAGAAACACCAAAAGAUAAAUUGGUGUACAUGACGACAGCAGUUGAUCUGAUUAUCACUGAGUUGGAAGAGCCUGUCCGAUUUCUCUUGGAGACCAAAGUGCGAGUUUGCUCCCCUAAUGAGCGAAUGUUCUGGCCUUUCAGCAAGAGAAGUUACACUGAAACCUUCUACCUAAAACUAAAACAGAUGGAACGGAAGGAAAGGAAGAGCAACACCGACACUCUGUAUGAAGUUGUGAGCUUAGAGAGUGAUACAGAAAGGGAGCGGAAAAAAACAACAGCCAGUCCUUCUAUCCGGCUCACCCAGUCUGGCUCCCAGAGCUCCAUGAUCCCUUCCCCACCCGAUGAUGAUGAAGAGGAAGAUAACGAUGAACCUUUACUGAGUGGUUCUGGAGACGUGUCAAAGGAGUGUGCGGAGAAGAUACUUGAAACGUGGGGGGACCUGCUGUCAAAAUGGCAUCUCAACCUGAGUGUCAGGCCAAAGCCGCUCCCAGCCCUGGUGAGGAGUGGAGUCCCAGAGGCGCUGAGGGGAGAGGUCUGGCAGCUCCUGGCUGGCUGCCACACCAAUGACCACCAGGUCGAGGAAUACAGGACCCUCAUCACCAAGGAGUCUCCCCAAGACAGUGCCAUCACCAGAGACAUCAACCGAACAUUCCCGGCUCACGAUUACUUCAAAGACACUGGAGGGGAUGGCCAGGACUCUUUGUACAAAAUAUGCAAGGCAUAUUCUGUAUACGAUGAAGAAAUUGGUUACUGUCAAGGCCAGUCUUUUCUUGCUGCUGUGCUCUUACUGCAUAUGCCUGAAGAGCAGGCAUUCAGUGUUCUGGUCAAGAUUAUGUUUGAUUAUGGACUCAGGGAACUUUUCAAACAAAAUUUUGAAGAUUUGCACUGCAAAUUCUUUCAGCUGGAGAAACUCAUGCAGGAGUACAUUCCAGACCUGUACAAUCACUUCUUGAAUAUCAGCCUUGAAGCGCACAUGUAUGCCUCCCAGUGGUUCCUCACUCUCUUCACUGCUAAAUUCCCUCUCUACAUGGUCUUCCACAUCAUCGACUUCCUGCUUUGUGAGGGGAUAAGCGUGAUCUUCAAUGUAGCACUUGCAUUACUGAAAACUUCAAGAGAUGAUCUGCUGUUGACGGACUUCGAAGGAGCGUUAAAGUUCUUCCGUGUUCCAGUCCCCAAAAGAUACCGCUCCGAGGAGAAUGCCAAAAAGCUGAUGGAGCUGGCCUGCAGCAUGAAGAUCAGCCAGAAGAAGCUGAAGAAAUAUGAGAAGGAGUACCAUGCCCUGAGGGAACAGCAGGCCCAGCAGGAGGCUCCGAUCGAGAGAUACGAGAGGGAGAACAGACGCCUGCAGGAGGCAAACAUGAGACUAGAACAGGAAAAUGACGACCUAGCACAUGAACUGGUAACCAGCAAGAUAGCGCUGAGACAGGACUUGGAUAAUGCUGAGGAGAAAUCAGACGCCCUCAAUAAGGAGCUACUGAUGACCAAACAGAAAUUAGUGGAUUCCGAGGAUGAAAAGAGGAGACUGGAAGAGGAAUCCGCUCAGCUUAAAGAAAUGUGCCGAAGAGAAAUGGACAAGGCAGAAUCAGAAAUCAAGAAGAAUGGAUCCAUUAUCGUGGAGUACAAGCAGAUCUGUUCACAGCUCAGCGAGAGGCUGGAGAAGCAGCAGACAGCAAAUAAAGGAGAAUUGGAAAAAAUCUGGCUAAAAGUGGAGGGCUGUGAGAAGUGUGGUGAGCUGUUCAGUAAAGAAGGCAGCCUGCGGGUGGUGAGCGUGGCGAAGGAGGGCUCCGAGGAGGAGCUGGAUGAGGAGAAGGAGUCGCUGAAGAACCAGUUGAGAGAGAUGGAGCUCGAGCUGGCCCAGACCAAACUGCAGCUAGUCGAGGCAGAGUGCAAGAUACAGGACUUGGAGCACCAUUUGGGUCUGGCUAUAAAUGAAGUCCAAGCAGCAAAGAAGACCUGGUUUAACAGAACGAUGAGCUCUAUCAAAACCGUGACUGGUGCCCAGGGAAAGGAGACGUCUUAAUGAAGCAGGAAACACACGUGACUGAACAGAGAACGGAUUCUGCUGCCUUCCUCGGACAGAUGUCUUUCCUUCUGUAAAGUGCUAGGAGAAUGUACUGUGUAAACAUUUUCUUAAGGUCCAUGCCAAUUGGGUGAGAGCAUCCAAAAAAUUACUUAAAAAAAAAAAAAAAAAAAGGCUUUAACUUUAGAAGGGUCUUUAUACUACUGAUAUUUAACAGAUAACAUAGCUGAUUAAAAGCUUCCUUUACUGUCCUGGGAGAGAGUGGAAACAUACUCCAUUCUACUGUCUUGCUGAAGACUACUUGCACAAAACUAAAAUUACAUUUUUGGUACGAGAGUUAACAGUCUCCUUUCCAAACCUGUCAAUUUUUUUCUUUUUGCAUUUCAAGCACUUUUUUAUAUCUGCUUUGAAAAAAGAAGUGCCAUGGGGAGUCAAACUGAGACCAGGGGAAAAAUGCUUCCAUCAUUCAAUUUGGGGUUAGUUUCAGUGAGAGUGGAGUUAAGGUUUGGGUAGCGUGGGGAGGUUGGUGAUUUAUGGUUCAACAAUGUGCUGAUUUUCAGAUAAUUUACACACAGAGCAUGAUGUUACAAGGGAGGAGCUGUUUGUGCUUUUCAAUUUUAAUCAGUUGUAUGCAGCACAGACCAGACAGUCAUGGUUUCUAGCAAGCACUGUCGGAAAAUAUGUUUCUUAUCGAUUUGGGGUGGUUCUUUCAGUGUAAUCAGUUAAGGUAGGCGCUUCUUUCUCAGUUCUUUAGGAAUGAUUGUGGACUUGGAUCAUUUUUUUGUUUUGUUUUUAAAUGUUGCUUCCCGGAAAUGUAGGUCUUUUGAGUGAACCCCCCCCAGGUAAGUUGGGACAGAUGAGGCAAGUUCACUAUUAACUGUUAGCAGAGUGGUCUGUGUUUAAAUUUCUAAUUCAAGACUGGCUCAAGUACAAAAAUAAAUAUAUACAUGAAAGAAAAUACACAUUUAAAAAUAGCUUGUUUUACUUGGUUUUUGAUGGGGUUUCUCAAAAUAAGUUGGUAGAAUAAGGUCUUUGCACCAUAUACAUACUUAUUUAUAACUGUUUGUCAUGCUGAAAUUCUUGUCUUGUUAGUGGACUCGACGUGUGCAGUGAGAAAGCUGGUUAAGUACCCAGAAGCACUGGCUUGUAUAUAAAAAGUAUAUGAGUUUGUUUAUUUUGUAUUUCUACUUUCCUUGGUAACUGUACUAAUGUUGCCUAUGUACUAUGUUAUGGAUCUGACAUGUUUAUGCUGAAGCUUUUGUCCUAAAUGUCAUACUGCUGUCUUGAUUGUUUAAUGCCAAACAUUGUAUCUUCAUCCAGCAUUACAAAAGUGUGGACAUAAUGUAAUAGUAUAGGUUGCAUUGUGUAUACUUCAUGCAUUUAAAUAUAAACUGUAAAAAAAAAAACUAUGGACAAAA